UCAUCAUGACUCAUCAAAAAAAAACGUAAGGCUUAUAAAAGGAGCCUCGCGCGCGCACUUCUGUUCACUGCACUUCAGGAGCAGCUCGCGCACACAGCUUUCAAACCGCACUCUAUCCUCCUACUACACGAUGGCUCCCUACACACUCACAUACUUCGCACUCAAAGGCAGAUGUGGUGCCUUGAAGAUUAUGCUGGCAGACAAAGAGCAGCAGCUGAAGGAGAACCUGGUGACCCUUGACGAGUGGGGAAAGGGUGAAAUAAAAGCCAGCUGUGUCUUUGGACAGUUGCCCAAGUUCCAGGAUGGUGACCUGGUCCUGUAUCAGUCCAACACCAUAUUAAGGCAUUUGGGUCGCAAACAUGGUGCAUAUGGAAAAAACGACACUGAGGCUUCUCUUAUUGACAUGAUGAACGAUGGAGUUGAGGAUCUGCGCCUAAAAUAUAUUAAGAUGAUCUACCAGGAAUAUGAGACUGGUAAAGAAGCAUUCAUCAAAGAUCUGUCCAACCAGCUCAAACCAUUUGAAACCGCUCUGGCCAAAAACAAAUCUGGAUUCCUAGUUGGUGAUCAGAUCUCAUUUGCGGACUACAACCUGUUCGACCUUCUGCUGAAUUUUAAAGUCCUUUGCUCCACCUCUCUGGACUCCUUCCCAGAGCUCAAGAGCUAUGUGGAUAAGAUCGCUGCGCGGCCCAAAGUCAAAGCCCUGCUGGAGUGUGACGACUUCAAGAAACUUCCCAUCAAUGGCAACGGCAAACAGUAGUACUUCAGCCCUAGAGAACACUUUUCAAGCAAUGGCACUUGCUGUUAAAAGGCCUUAACGGGUGCUCUGUGAUUAGAAAAAUAUCCCACGUCUUUAUAUGAGUAUGUAUUUUGUAUGUUUAACUGUUUUUGAUAGUUUUUACUAACAGAAACCAAUGUAUCUAUUAUUAUUAAUAAAAUUAUUAUUAUAAAUAAUAAUAAAAAAAAUAAACAUCCAGAA